AUGGACGCACGCGCCGGCACCCCGCUCACCCCGUCCUAUAGCCGCGACCCCCCCGCCGCCGCCACAAACCCUAGCCCGGGUGGCGUUGGCCUCGCCUCCGCCGGAGCUUCUCCGACGAGCGGCCUCGCGCGCGGCCUCUUCAUGCCGCCGCGGAUGACCUCGGCGGCGGGUGGCGUCGCGCCGGCGCCGGCCCGAGCCGCCGCCCCCUCCUCCUCAAAGCUCCCCAAUGCGGCGCGGUCAAAGAAGGGCAAGACAUCGGCGAAGAAAAACAAGGCGGCGGACGGCUCCGGCACCUCCAAGGCGAAGAGGAAGAAGCUUGCGGGGCGUGCGACGGGCGCGGCGGCUGCCGAAGCGCCGGCAAGCUCACUCAUUGAGCCGGCGGCCGGCGCGCACAACAUGUUCGACGAAAUGCCUCCAAGUCUCAAUGAUGAUGCAUACAUGUCAACGAUGGGUGUUGGCUCCAACAAUUCGCAUUGGUCUCAAACCAAUGACAUGCAUUUUCAAGACCAUGAGUUCGAGGUGGACGAGGAGGGUAAGGGCAUUGUCGACGCACUGAAAGGAAGAGCGGGCAAUUACACCAACACCGAUGACAUCUUACUAUGCAAUACUUGGUUGCAAGUGUCGAGGGAUACAUCCGUUGGAGGUGAUCAAAGUAGAGAUGCUUAUUGGAACCGGAUGAAGGAACACUUUGAUGCUCGCAACGUGAGUGGAAUUGACCGCUCCAACCGAUCACUUAGGUCCCGGUGGUCGACAAUCAACUCGGAUUGUCAAAGGUGGGCGGCUUGUCAAAAGGCGGUUGACAAGUUGAACCCAAGUGGCACAAAUGAGGACGAUAGAUACAACAUUGCGCAAAACUAGUUCAAAGAAGAGGAGAGGAAAACCAAGAAGGGGAAGAUCAAGAAAGGAAGGGUCUUUACUUUGCCUCAUUGCUAUGAUGUGUUGAAGGAUGAUGAGAAAUGGAAGAAGCGUGAAGAUUU